AUGCCAAGAAAAAACACACCAAAGUCAGACGCGGCCGAGGCGGAGGAAGGCGCCCCCGAAGCUACAGAUAGCAGCAAUAAUGCUAACGACACGAGCUCGCAUAUAGAACCUGUGCUGGGGGCAAUAGCUUCACUGCGAGCGGACCUAGAAGGCUUUAAGGCCGCUAUAUGUCAGACAAUCGAAGCCAAGACAGCAGCCGCCACUGCGGAGCUGAGAAGGGAUCUGGCUGACCUAAAGACUGAGAAUGAUGCGGCAUUGGCCUCGCUGAGGACGAAGAUGGAGGUGAAUGCUCAGUCGAUUAAGGAGCUAGCGGAUGCUACUAGCACCUCUUCAGAUACCGUGCGAGGGCUAGAGAGAGUCGUAGAGACCCUACAAGAGCAAGUUUCGACGCUAACCGAAAAGUGUAUAGAUCUUGAAGGUCGGUCAAAGAGGCAGAACCUAAGAGUGGCGGGUCUGAGGGAAGGCAAAGAAGACGGACGGGACGGACGGGAGCUAGCUGCGUUGCUGCUAAAGGAGGCCCUAGACCUGGAUGAGCUCCCGCUAAUCGACCGCGCUCACAGGGCUCUGAGGAGAAGGCAAGGGGAUGACGAACCACCUAGACAUUUCAUUAUACGGGUGCACUACUCCCACACGUUUGAGAAAAUCAUGAAGAAAGUUAUUAGCACCAGAGAGAUCUCUUUUCAGGGACAGAAGAUCCAUAUAUUUCGAGACUUGCCCCAGGAGGUGGCUAAGCGACGGGUAGCGUUCACUACGGUGAGAAAGUUGCUUCGUGACAAACCGGGUGUUCGAUAUGGUCUUCUCUACCCUGCCAAGUUACGCUUGUCGCAUGAUGGGACUGAGAAGUUCUUUACUGAUCCUGAUGAAGCCAGAAGGUAUGUUGUCCGCUAUCUUGAGGAGGCUGGUAGCGGAAGAAUGUAG